GACAAGUUAAACUAAUAUUGGAAACAUUCUUGAGUGACAACUGGAAAGACAUAAACAAUAAAAUUAAUCAGUCUGCUAAAUCAUCCGGUGCCUUUGCCAAGAAUAUUAAAAGUAUGUAUAGUGAAGAAGAACAAGUCUGUGCUUUUACUCGCAUGGAUGAUUUAGCUCUUGCUCAGAUCGUAGAAAUGGGAUUCUCGUCAGAGGUCAGUCGUAACGCUCUCGUUAUCACCGAUGGCAACGUCGAGGAAGCUAUCAAUUUGCUAAUAACCAAUCCAGAGAGUGAAGGUGCACCAGUUGAUGUUUUGUCCCACGUGAAUGAUGAAGCUCUUGCUCAGAUCGUAGAAAUGGGAUUCUCCUCGGAGGUCAGUUGUAACGCUCUCGUUAUCACCCAUGGCAACGUCCAGGAAGCCAUCAACCUGCUAAUAACCAAUCCAGAGAGGAAAGUUGCAGAUCUUUCACAGAUCGUAGAAAUGGGAUUCUCAUCAGAGGCCAGUUGUAAUGCUCUCACUGUCGCCAACGGCAACAUCUAUGAAGCUCUCAACCAGUUGAUAAACAGCCAGGAGAGUUUUACCAACCUACAUGAAGAUAUUGUCUCACAAAUUAAGAAUUCAAAACGUGAACCAUCACCAAUGUCCUCUCGACAACGGUCAAAGUCAGCAUCGUUCAGCAAACUAAACCACAACGAGCAUGUGUAUGAACGGUACAGAAAUAUUCCUGUUUCUUCUUCAGUACCUGACAUUUCCAGUAUUGUGCCGACUUUGUAUGACCAUACAUUGAUGCCUUUAUUGAUUCUCCGUGGCAAAAUUGCUAAAAACCCACCCAGUUUGGAAAAUGGCUUUCUUGUGCAAAUGUUCCGCUACACUCGUCUGCGGAUUUCAACUUUAAAUAAAUACUGCUUUUUCUGUGUUGAACCUCUUCUUUUACAAAAUGCUGCCUGGUUGAAGCCAACAGUUUGUUCACGUGCCUUAUGUGUAUUUGGUUACAAAUAUCUCCAAACUAUUGCUACUGAUGCUAAGGCACUGGUGAUUGCUGAUGAAGAUAUUGCUACUGAUGCUAAGGCACUGGUGAUUGCUGAUGAAGAUAUUGCUACUGAUGCUAAGACACUGAUCAAUGUUGAUGAACAUAUUGCUACUGAUGCUAAGGCACUGGUGACUGCUGAUGAAGAUAUUGCUACUGAUGCUAAGACACUUAUCAAUGCUGAUGAAGAUAUUGCUACUAGUGCUGAGACACUGGUUACUGCUGAUGAAGAUAUUGCUACUGAUGCUAAGACACUGGUCAGUGCUGAUGAAGAUAUUGCUACUGGUGCUGAUACACUGAUCAAUACUGAUGAAGAUAUUGCUACUGAUGCUAAGACACUGGGCAAUACUGAUGAAGAUAUUGCUACUGAUGCUCAGAUGCUGGUCAAUACUGAUGAAGAUAUUGCUACUGGUGCUAAGACACUGGUCAAUGCUGAUGUAGACUGUAGUGAUUUCCUUUGACUGGACGUAACUAAAAAACCUAAACCUUUAUUACUUUGCCCAGGCAGUUCUGCACAACUGAUACUUUAAAGGGCCUGUGUCAUGCCAAAUGUAUUUACUUUAUUUACAGUGAUCAACUUCUGGUGGUCAUAAUUCGAAGUGGGAGGACGUGUUUAGAUGAGCUGUUAGUACUGAAACAUGUAGUAGUCACUAUAAUUGGUGGCCAUAAAAACCCCCGCUACAGCGGUCUACCAGCUGCCAGUUUAAGGAAAUUAUUCCUGUCACCAUUUAAAGAUUUAUACAUGUUUAUUUUGGGGGGUUUCUGAAACGGUGUGGAUGGUAAAACAUGUGGGCUUCUUACAUAAACAGAUAUAUGCAAAAUAGGCACAUGUGUUUGUGGUGUAUACAGUUAAUUAGACUUGUACAAAUGGCAAAUACCAUUAAUAACAUUCAGGAAUCAGAAUUGUUUAAUUUGAUUGCCGAUACAUGUGGUGUCUAUAUUUGUAGAGAAAUAAAGUCGUGAGUGAUGGCUGAUGAUAGACAUCUAGCAAGAGAAAAACAUAAGUGUUGACAACAUAAAAAACCACAAAGAGAUAUACAUGUAUAUGAACGGUUCACAGGAAUAGCCUGUGAUGUCACAUUUUUGGUAAGGUGAUAUUUUUCAAUUUUAAGGUUUACAACUCUGCAAUCGUGGAAUAUUUAUACCUGAGAAAGCAUAAGUUACUAACAACUUUUAAUGGACUACCAUAAUUAUAAGAUUUUGAAUCAGUGUGCCAUUGUGACCGUGACAUACACGACCGUUAUAAUACUGACUAUCUGUUUGGACAUCAUAAGUUAUUCCCGUAGACCUUUCAUAUAUAUAUUUUGACCAGACAUGACAUUCUCAACUUGGGGAUUACUCCUUCCCCUCCUGUCCCGGAAUUAGUCACUGGCAAAGUCAGACGUUAAGUCCGGGAUGAACAUGCCUGAACCUUCAUUGGACAUGGGCACGUAAAAACAGUUCCCAUUCUCUCGUUCGUUCGCGGUCUGACAAGCAAACGUUAAAAGCAUGUCCCCUUAUCCAACUUUUAUUACAUUACAUUCAUUUAAAUUCACACAAGAAUAAUUUUAACUUAUAUUUUUAAAACAUACACUCUACAUAGUUCAAAGCAGUUCAGAGUUUUUGGAAAUCCAGUUCCAAUAUUGUAAUUAUAUAUACACUGAUAUGUGUCUUGUUGGUGGAAAAAAAUGUCAAAUGCUAAAAGCAUCAUUAUGUAUGACAAUAUGUGUUUGUAUAUGUUUAUAUAUACAUCAGUAUAUCUGGUUGAUAGAUUUACUAUUUACGUAUCUAUUUUUCAUAUAACCUUUAUUUAUUUAUUUAUCUAUCAUUUAUUAAUCUACUUUCUAAUUUGACAUUUAUAUUUCUUUUAAUUAUUUUAUUUCUAUUCCAUGUGUUAAAUAGAAGUUAUAUAAGAAAAGCCCACGUGUUAUAUUAAUUUCAUUUGGUUGUGACAAGAGACCAACUGACCUCUUCGAACAUGUAACUGAAUCCAGUGACAGAUGUUGACAUAUUUUUUUUAAUAUUGAUAGUACUUUAUAAAUUGUUCAAGGCAAUAGUCAUUUUUAAUAAGCAUUUGUUGAGGCAAUGAGAGGACCUUUUGUCUGAAUUGUUUAAUUGCUUUGUAGUUUAUUUUUGUACAUUUUAACUUUGUGGAAUUAAAUGGUUUAAGUGUUAA